CUGGAAAAACUAUUCAAACCAUUUCCCUGUUUGACUGGUAGGUAUUAUGACCCUAUUAUAAACUGGGUAGUUCGAGCCCUGAGUCCUGAUUGGCUGACAGACGUGUUAUAUCAGAGUAUGACAAAACAUAUCAUACCACGGGUAUGACAAAUAAUAUGAUCUACAAAUAAAAAUGAGUAUUUAUUUACGGUGCAUGGUGAUUUGUAGAUCAGUCAGUUGGCAGUUGCCUGCACUAUCGGCUGCAAUGUCAAACAAGCCGUGUGUGAACUUUUCAAAGUUCUUGACCUUCAUGUCUUAAAGUAAUGAUGGACUGUUGUUUCUCUUUGCUUAUUUGAACUGUUCUUGCCAUAAUAUGGACUUGGUCUUUUACCAACUAGGGGUAUGUUCUGUUACCCACCCCUACCUUAUCACAACACAACUGAUUGUCCACAAAUUAACUUUUAACAAGGCACACCUGUUAAUUGAAAUGCAUUCCAGUUUACUACCUCAUUAAGCUGGUUGAGAGAAUGCCAAGAGUGUGCAAAGCUGUCAUCAAGGCAAACGCAGCUACUUUGAAGAAUCUCAAAUAUAAAAUAUAUUUUGAUUUGUUGAACACUUAUUUGGUUACUACAUGAUUCCAUAUGUGUUAUUUCAUAGUUUUGAUGUCUUCACUAUUAUUCUACAAUGUAAAAAAUAGUAAAAAUAAAGAACAACCCUGGAAUGAGUAGGUGUGUCCAAACUUUUGUCUGGUACUGUAUAUAAGUAUAAAAUCAUUUCUGGGUAAUAAUUAAGUAUCUUACUGUAAUAGUUUCCCAUUAAAAUGGACAAAAAUAGUUUUAUCAAUAAAUAAUUUUGCUAGGACUGACUGGGAGUGUUCUCAGUGGGGAGAGAAAACGGAAAACUAGCUGUUAUUGCCAGAUAGUUUUGGAGCACUCUUUGUUAUUGGUCUAUUAACCAAUUUACCACCUGGUGCCAAAACUCCUGCCCAUGCAAACAUGCUGAUUAGAAGGCCCUGUGUAGAUUGUAUUUUCAACCAGCAGAUAUCAGGGAAUAACACUGAUUUUUUUUUUAAAUCAUCAGCUGUUGUACAAUAUAAUACAAAACACAGAAAAACUGAAUUUUGACUGCACAGAGCCUUUAAAUGAGCCCCUCCUGUCUCAGCCUCCAGUAUUUAUGCUGCAGUAGUUUAUGUGUCGGGGGGCUAGGGUCAGUUUGUUAUAUCUGGAGUACUUCUCCUGUCCUAUUCGGUGUCCUGUGUGAAUCUAAGUGUGCGUUCUCUAAUUUUCUCCUUCACUCUUUCUUUCUCUCUCUCGGAGGACCUGAGCCCUAGGACCAUGCCCCAGGACUACCUGACAUGAUGAAUCCUUGCUGUCCCCAGUCCACCUGGCCAUGCUGCUGCUCCAGUUUCAACUGACCUGAGCCCUAGGACCAUGCCCCAGGACUACCUGACAUGAUGACUCCUUGCUGUCCCCAGUCCACCUGGCCAUGCUGCUGCUCCAGUUUCAACUGUUCUGCCUUACUAUUAUUCGACCAUGCUGGUCAUUUAUGAACAUUUGAACAUCUUGGCCAUGUUCUGUUAUAAUCUCCACCCGGCACAGCCAGAAGAGGACUGGCCACCCCACAUAUGCUCUCUCUAAUUCUCUCUUUCUUUCUCUCUCUCUCGGAGGACCUGAGCCCUAGGACCGUGCCCCAGGACUACCUGACAUGAUGACUCCUUGCUGUCCCCAGUCCACCUGACUGUGCUGCUGCUCCAGUUUCAACUGUUCUGCCUUAUUAUUAUUCGACCAUGCUGGUCAUUUAUGAACAUUUGAACAUCUUGGCCAUGUUCUGUUAUAAUUUCCACCCGGCACAGCCAGAAGAGGACUGGCCACCCCACAUAGCCUGGUUCCUCUCUAGGUUUCUUCGUAGGUUUUGGCCUUUCUAGGGAGUUUUUCCUAGCCACCGUGCUUCUACACCUGCAUUGCUUGCUGUUUGGGGUUUUAGGCUGGGUUUCUGUACAGCACUUUGAAAUAUCAGCUGAUGUACGAAGGGCUAUAUAAAUACAUUUGAUUUGAUUUGAUUUAAAUAAGGAUGGAAAGUCAUUGUAACGUUGUAAAGCUAAUUGGCUUUUCUUGUUGUUUUGUGUUAUCCAGGAGAUCCUGACAGUGAUGUGUGCAGCCUUGAUGAAAACACGCUCAUGUUGAAGAACCGAGACGUCAACUUCCUGAACACCGUUCUCACCCAGCUGCAAUUCGAGGUCUUCCAGGAGGCUGACAUCAUCAUCAGGCAGAACACGUCCAGAGACCGCAUGUUCUUCAUCGAGCACCGCCAGUUCCUGGUGAAGACCGACUUUUUCCAGAAGGAGCUUAUUGACGGAGACUACUUUGGAGAUCUGCCUCCUGACCAAAGGAAGCGUUUGGCAACAGUGCGAGCUAUGACCAUCUGCCAGCUCUUAUCCCUGCACGCAGACAGCUUCCAGCAGGUCCUACAGGCCUUCCCUAACGUCAGGAAAGAUCUGGAGAUGACUGCCCAAUAGCGCCAAGAGGACCUAAAGAAGGCACAACAACAGAGUGAAUCCAAACCUAAAGAUAUGCAGAGGGAAAACUGAGGAGAUAACUGAGUGAAGGGGCCUCGCACAACACCAUUCACUAACACUUAGUUUAAAAAACAAUGUAGAACCAAACAAUGUUACACAUUUUUUGUAAAUAAAAUGAACAGAUACUGGUAUGCUGUAUAUUGUAAACUGUGGAUUCAUUUCUUACAUUUAGAAUUUUUUUGACAAUAUAAUAAAAACAAUUUGA